GCGUCUUCACCAACCCCCCCCCCCCCCUCUCCCCCACCUUCUCUGUGAUCCAGCAAUGGCUUCCAUUUCCAAGCUCUCCAAUCCCACCCCCGCUUCCUCCUUGUCCUCCACCUUCAGCCCCAGAACGCCGCAGCCCAAGUGUUUGGUCCGCCUCCUCGCCACCCCCGCCGCCACCUUCAACUCCAAACUCUCCUCCAAGCUCUCCGUACGAACCAAGCCCUCUCUCCGGGGCUCUCUGGUGGUGAGGUGUUCUCAGAGUGAUGGGAAUGGAAAUCCGGUGAAGAGAACUUAUCUCCAUGAUCUGUAUGAGAAGGAGGGACAGAGUCCGUGGUAUGAUAACCUCUGCCGGCCUGUGACGGAUCUGCUUCCGCUUAUCGCAAGCGGGGUUCGAGGUGUAACCAGUAACCCAGCGAUUUUCCAGAAAGCAAUCUCAACUUCAAAUGCUUACAAUGACCAAUUCAGGGAACUUGUACAGUCAGGAAAAGACAUUGAAAGUGCAUAUUGGGAACUUGUGGUGAAGGACAUUCAAGAUGCUUGCAAACUUUUUGAGGCUAUCUAUGAUCAAACAGAUGCUGGUGAUGGCUACGUUUCUGUUGAAGUUUCUCCCCGACUUGCUGAUGACACCCAAGGGACUGUGGAUGCUGCAAAAUGGCUUCAUAAAGUAGUUGCCCGUCCUAAUGUCUACAUAAAAAUUCCUGCCACUGCUCCAUGCGUUCCUUCAAUUAAGGAAGUUAUAGCAAAUGGCAUAAGUGUCAAUGUGACUCUUAUAUUCUCGCUCAGUAGAUAUGAGGAGGUGAUUGAUGCUUACUUGGACGGCCUUGAGGCUUCUGGACUAAGCGACCUCUCCAGAGUCACAAGUGUUGCUUCCUUCUUUGUCAGUAGGGUGGACACCCUCAUUGACAAGUUGCUUGAAAAGAUUGGAAAUCCAGAGGCCCUUGACCUUCGAGGAAAGGCUGCAGUAGCUCAAGCUGCUUUGGCAUACCAACUCUACCAAAAGAAAUUCUCUGGCCCUAGAUGGGAGGCUUUGGUGAAAAAAGGUGCUAAGAAGCAGAGGCUGCUUUGGGCCUCAACCAGCGUCAAGAAUCCUGCCUACCCCGAUACUUUAUAUGUUGCUCCUCUCAUAGGCCCCGACACGGUUUCAACCAUGCCAGACCAAGCUCUUCAAGCAUUUGUCGACCAUGGCACAGUUUCAAGGACAAUUGAUUCCAAUGUAUCCGAAGCUGAAGGCAUUUACAGUGCACUGGAGAAGUUAGGAAUCGACUGGAGCUACGUUGGGAAUCAACUCGAACUUGAGGGAGUGGAUUCUUUCAAGAAGAGUUUCGACAGCCUGCUAGACACCCUGCAAGAGAAGGCCAACUCUCUUAAAUUGGUUAGUCUGUAAGAUGUAAGAUGUCGGAACUAUUUGUGUGAGUUGAAUAAAGCUGGUGGGGGUUGUCGUCCUGUAAAUUUAGCCUGGUGCUUUGUAAGACGUUGAUUACGUUUGACGAGUUCUUUCCAGCAACAGGUUGAGUGGGAUAUUACAAUUUGCUGUUGCACUUAUGUUUGGCAUUGUUUUCUUUCCUUCCCCCACUCUAUGAAGGUGAAGCUAGUAGCCAGUUACCUUCAGAAAUGUACGUUUCAUUUGGAUUUGAGAAUUAUGGGCCGUCAAGUAGAUGAUGCUCAAUGUUAUUCUCUGCAAGAUUUUCCAUUUCAGCUCGCAAAUUGAAUCAUGAAGCUCAAAAUUCUUGAA